AUGUCCAUUACUGAUUCUGGUGUAUAUGAAUAUCCAUUAAAAUGUCGGGUAAGUCAGGGCUGCCAACCGUACCCAUUUUGGGGUACAAUACCCCAUUUCGACAUUUUGUACCCCAGAAAAUUUCGUACCCCAUUUCGAUUUUUAAGUCUGGAAUGUGAUAAAACACCAUAUCAAGGUCUAUAUGAAUGUCCAUUACUAAUUCUGGUGUAUAUACGUAUCCAUUAA